AUGGUCAAGACCGCCCUUUUCCCCCUCGCUCUUCUUGCUGCAAUGGCCCCCUUUGCCGCCGCAAGGAACUGCAAGACUGGCCUGAACUACUGUGGUUGGAACCUCUUGAGCAUUGGCAAAUACGGAGCCCAGGUCAAUGGCGCCCUCGAAGCUGCCGGCCAGCCCACCGACGAUGCCCAUAUUCGUGAAUCCCUCUUCCACUGCAACGGUGGCGGCAAUGGUGAUAUCUCCUUCACCACCUUUUGCGAUGGCGGCUGCAAAGAUGGCGGCACUGACCGCAGCGACUACUGCUAG